AUGCCACCGGUGCAAGGCGGACGGUGCCAGUCUCCUGGAAAGGGCCAAAGUCCCGAUGGACGAUGGAUGCUGAAGCUCAUCUAUCCGAACGCGGUCAACCUCGACUCGUAUCUCGAGGUGUGGUUGCAAGCUGUCGCGGCGGCGGCAGCGCCUGGCUCUGCGUCCCUGGCCGCAAUCGAGGGCUGCGGCGGACCUGCCUCGUACCUUAGCCGCCAGGAUGACGGCCCGGAGUACAAGAAGAUGUUGAAGGAAACCCUUGUCGCCUUCCACCCUUCUCCUGUACAAGCGGUGCCAGGGGAGGCCCACGCACCUCUGCCGCGCCACGCGUCACUUCAGCACAGGUCCUCCAUGGCAGACCUUCUAGAUCGCGUGGUGCAAUCGCUCCUGCGCUCAUCGACCGUGGGAGGACAGGGGAACAGUGUCGGCGGGUACUACGCCGCUCAGGGAGACGACCCGCGCCGUAACGUCCUCUCCCUCGGAUGCCGAGUAGCGGGACCGCAGGCGACGAGCGAGCUGCUGAGCGUGCAAGGGGUAGCAUGCACGUUUCCCAACACUACGGUCAACGUCAUCCGGUCGCCUCCGUGGGAGCUCCUGCUGUCCAGAAUUGGGGAUGACUUGAUGUUUGCUCUCCUGAGACAGCACGCCGUGCUGCAGCGGCUGCCUAACCGCUGCUACAUGCAGGCACCGGCGGCGGCCGGCGGGGAGCAGGCUGGCCCGCCGCCCGCCGCCUCGCACCAAGGAACUACCGGCAACCGCGCCACGAACGGAAAGACCUCUGGCUCUCCCGUCGAAGCUCCCGCUACCAUCAGCAGGGUCGCCCACGACUUGGUACGCGACGCGUUUGCUAGCAGCCUGCACGGUGAGGACCUGGGCCGGCAGCAGCAGCCCCUGGGCGACGCGGCCCACGGUAAGGGCAGACCGGGGGUGCUCCAGCGCGCCGGGUCGGGAGUGAUGCCGAAGGCGACGGGGUCCCCGGGAAAGUUAGCUCUAGGGGGUGGGGGGGCGCGCCGCAGGCUUCCAAAGAGGCUGCGACGAGCUGUCCCGCUGUUCGAGGAAAUGAUUGGGAGAGCGCACCGCUGCAACAUCGGGAGGCUGCUGGAGGCGCACUGCCCUCUGCCGCAAUCGGUACGCGGAACGAAGGCGGGGAAACGAGGACCAGGCGAGGGGGGGCAACCGCUAGGCCCCAACAAGAGGGAGGGGGGUUUUCAAGCCGCGGCGCCCCCGCCCAGUCCGUCCGACGUUUCUACCUUGCACGAGGAGGUUGGGGGGCAAGCGGAAGAUGUUUCAGCGGCGGAUUUGUGGCGGCAGGAGGUCACGGCGAGCGAGGAUGAAGACUCUGGUUCGGAAGGAGGGGGAGGAGACAACAGCAGCAGCAGCAGCAGCAACGAUAGCGAGGAUGAAAAUAAGGAGCCGGGGGAGAGCGACGAAGAGGAAGACGUGAUGGACACCGGAUCGACCGUGAAGGAAGUGCGCACGAAAGACAACGACUAUUUUACCGUACGCACUCAUGGCGGCGUCGGCGGGAUAUCGUGCGCCGACGGCGUGCAGGGAGAGGAGGAGGAGGGUAUCGGAAGCGUCCUCAGCAGCGACAGGGCUAGUGCCGAACGAGCGGCCGAGCCACAGCGACUCUUACGUGGAGGGUGCGCGGAUGCCUCCCCGUGGGGAUCUGUAUCUCGGGGAUCGCACGAGUCAGGCGGCGGCACGAGCGGUUCGAGCAGCGGGGGGGGCGACAGUGGGAAUAUUUCCGAUGCUACCCUGCUUGACGAAGCCCCGACGGCUAACGGUGCAAGCGCGCUUGCCGCAGGGGUACAGGCCAGUCCCCCCCUUCCCCCCCCCGACCAACCCACGUUCAGCGUGGACCCCAACAUGACGUUCAUCGAGAUGGCUACUGAGCACCGGCGGGUGGUGGAUUUCCUUUGCCAAGCGUGCCACAGGAUAUUCCCGACAGAGCUGUGGGGAUCCAGGCGCAACAUGGUGUGCCUAUCCCGAGGGAUCGAGCGCUUCGUCGUUCUCCGGAGGCACGAUACCAUGUCGGUGUUGGAGCAGCAGCAGCAACAAGACCAAGAGCCAGCGAAGACGCGGAGGGUUAACAACGGGAAGCGGAAGGCGAAGGGAGGCCCAGUCGGGGGCGACGGCAACUGCAAGCGUCCUAGGGGGGGUGCCGACGCCGGCGGGGCCGCAAACGGGACAGACAGAGCCAGGGCGGACUCGCAUGGGCAUCACGGAAGUGAAAGGAUUCACGGCGGCGGCGGCGGCAGGGGUAGCGGCAGCGUUGAAGCCAGAGGGUCGUUUCCUGGUACGUCGAACCAAGGCACCAAGCGGGCAGACACGUCGAAGAAGAAGAAGGCUAGGGGCGGGGGCAAGGGGAGGGUGGCAGUGGGGUCUAAGGGAGACAAAUCGAUUCGGCGGCGGCGGCGGCGGCGGACGCGCCAGCGUCUCCCCCCGAGCGAUUUGGCGAAGCGGGUCGAGCUUUUGGAGGCCCUAGUGCUCUGGACGUUCAAGGACGUCAUCGUACCGCUGUUGAGGUCGCUCUUCUACGUCACGGAGUGCGAGACGGCGUCCCAGGAAGUCUUCUUCUUCCGGAAGCCGGUGUGGGCCAAGUUCAGAUUGGAGGAGGCUUUUCUUUCAAGGGAUACGUUCGCUGGUACCCGGCGCCGCAGGUGA